AUGACUGGAUCCUGCGCUGCGUCAGGAGAGUGCCCCGUGAACGGAUGCAGGAGGAAGCAUCACCAUCUUCUUCAUGAGGAAAACUAUGAAGGCUUCAGGAGACCGCCACAGCGAGGCGGCAAUUGGAGAGGCUACAACCGGCAGGCAGCCGGACCGAGGGAAGGCGUCCAAGUGAACGAAGGAGCAGCCUCAUCCGUGGAUGCCUCUGCGACACCGGAGACAAAUUUGAGCUGUGUCGACGAGGACCGAGAACGACUUCUGUUCCGUGUAUUGCCGGUGACGCUAUACGGAGGUGGGAAGCAGGUGGAUACGUACGCUCUUCUCGAUGAAGGUUCUUCGGUGACGAUGGUCGACAACGAGCUGGUUGCAGAGCUAGGCGUACAAGGAGUACGUCGUCAGCUAAACGUUCAGUGGUUCGGAGGCAGGGCCACAAGAGAGCCUACUAACGUGGUACGUCUGGAGAUCAGUGGAGCAGGCAAGUCCUCCCGACAUGUGCUGAGGAACGUCUAUGCCAUUUCGAACUUGAGUCUGCCGAUGCAGAGCCUGCACAGAAGGGAUAUUAGGAGCGUGAACAAGGACGCUCAAUUACCUAUGAAGCCCUACGUAAAUGCAGUGCCGAAGCUGCUUAUUGGUUUGGACCAUGGGCAUCUAGGACUGCCGUUGAAAACGAGGCGGUUUGCCAGCGAGCCGUACGCGGCCGCAACCGAACUAGGAUGGGUUGUUUUUGGGCCUGUAGAAGGACGACGAGACACGCCAUCACCGAGGUCUUGUCUGCUAGCCACGUCGUUGGAUGAUAACGUGGAACGGAUCGUCGAGGACUACUUCGAGAUCGAGAACUUCGGUGUGAAGGCGGCGCCAGCGGCCGCAGCCAGCGACGACGUGAGGGCUCAGAAGAUCCUGGAGGACACAACGGUGCGAGUUGGCCGCCGAUAUCAGACGGGAUUAUUGUGGAAAACUGAUAACAUUGUGCUGCCACGUAGCUAUGAUAUGGCGUACAAUAGAUUGGUCAACAUAGAAAGGAAAAUAAAGCGAGAUGGGCAGUUCGCCCAAGAGUAUUCACGGAUUGUCAAUGAUUAUGUCGACAAGGGAUACGCUCGGCGUCUGGAACGGCAGGAGAUCGAUUCGGAAAGCGAUAGGACAUGGUACUUGCCGCAUUUUGGAGUGGAGAAUCCCAACAAGCCAGGGAAGAUCCGAUUAGUAUUCGACGCAGCGGCACGAGUUGGAGGAGUAUCGCUGAAUUCUGCGCUGAGCAAGGGGCCGCAACACUAUAAGGCCUUGGCAUCUAUCCUCUUCCAUUUUAGGGAAGGUGCCGUCGGAGUCUGCAGCGACAUAAAGGAGAUGUUUCACCAGGUGCUGAUCCGACCCGAGGAUAGAUGUGCGCAACGAUUUCUGUGGAGAGAUGGGAAUGACCAACGGGACCCCGACGUCUACGAGAUGUGCGUGAUGACCUUUGGAGCAGCAUGCUCACCGAGUGCGGCGCAUCAUGUGAAGACAGUGAAUGCCAAGCGAUUCCUGGAUUCGGAUCCCAGAGCAGUCAAGGCCAUCGUGGACUACCACUACGUGGAUGACUAUGUGGACAGCUUCGCCACAGAGAGCGAGGCGAUCGAAGUAUCUAGCAGAGUGAAGAAGAUACAUGCGGAAGGCGGGUUUGAGCUUUGCAAGUUCUCGUCCAGUUCGCCUACAGUGGAGAGGAUGCUUGGACCCAGUGAUCACGCCCAGAGUGUUGGAUGGGGUGAGGCCGAGCAAAAGAUUUUGGGAAUGCGGUGGCAGCCACCCACGGACGACUUCAGGUUUCGAGUGAAGUACCACAAAGUCGCCCCCGUCGUGUCCGAUGGGAAGAGAAUUGCCACGAAAAGGGAAUUCUUGAGCAUGGUCAUGUCAACGUUUGACCCCUUGGGAUUCCUGUGUUGUCUAAUGAUAACAGCGAAGUUGUUGCUGCGAGAGGUCUGGAGGAGGAAGAUCUCAUGGGAUGAACCACUACCGGCUGAGAUGUACAACGCCUUUAUGGACUGGCGCAAAGAGAUGGAGAAAGUGGAACGUUUUCGGUGCCCACGUCACUACUUUGGAUCCGGGCUGGUGAAGACUGUCGAGAUGCACGUAUUUGUGGAUGCGAGUCAGUCGGCAUUCGCAUCAGUGGUCUACUGGAGGAUCACGUACGAGGACGGCGACGUGCAAGUGAGGUUCGUGUGCGCAAAGACGAAGUGUGCACCGAUGCGAACGAUGACGAUUCCACGAUUGGAGCUGCAGGCAGCAGUUCUAGGAACGAGGUUGAUGGACACCGUCAGACAGGACCAUAGUGUGGCCAUUGCAGAGACUGUGCUAUGGACGGAUUCGAAGACAGUGCUGCGUUGGAUUGGCAGCACACACCGGCGCUACAAGCAGUUCGUAGGGAACAGAGUGGCCGAGAUUCUGGAGUCGACGAAGGUGGCCCAAUGGAGAUGGCUACCAUCCGCCGACAACGUGGCAGAUGAUGCAACUCGAGCGCAACGCAGCGUGGACCUAAGCGAGGAGUCACGCUGGUUAAGAGGACCGGCAUUCCUGAGGAGACCAGCGGGCAGCUGGCCAGGAACUGCACCCACCGACGAAGCGGAUGCAGAAGACGAAGAGGAGAUGCCGGGUGAGUUCGUGCUUGUUGGAGCGAGUGACCCGUUCAUAUCGCUGGAGAGGUUCUCAAGCUAUAGGCGAUUGCUGAGGACUACGGCUUGGGUCCUAAGGUUCAUACGUCGAUGCCGUGGACAACGAGAUGAGCUGGAGAACUACGGCCUCAAUGUAGCUGAGUGUGAAGCAGCUGAGAACUUGUUAUUCCGUAGAGCACAACGUGAGGCGUUCCCCGAUGAGGUGCAAGCCGCAGAGAAGGACUUGGACGUCGCUAAAGGAAGCGACAUAUGUGGACUGGCGCCAUACCUAGAUGGCAACGGAAUCCUGCGAGCGUAUGGCAGGAUCGAUGCGGCGCUAUGUAUUCCAUACAGCGCCAGGAGGCCAGUGAUCCUCUCCCACCGGCAUGGUCUCACGGAGAUGAUUGUGCGCGACGCCCACGUGAGGAUGAAGCAUCAAAACGUGGAUGCUACGAUGGCGGAGAUCCGGACCAGGUUCUGGAUUACGAGACUGCGGAGAGUGCUUCGUAGUGUGAUCUCGGGAUGCAGCGAGUGUAAGCUGCACAGAGCACGGCCGAUGCCGCCGAUUAUGGGACCCCUGCCAGAUGAUCGUUUGGACGCCUAUGGCUGGCCGUUUAAGAGCACAGGCCUCGACUACUUUGGGCCGCUGUUAGUGACCGUUGCUCGGCACCAGGAGAAGCGGUGGGUGGCCUUGUUCACGUGCCUGACGACCAGGGCGAUUCAUCUGGAACUGGCACAUGACCUGUCGACUGAUUCCUGCAUACUUGCAAUCAGGAAUUUCAUCUGCCGUCGAGGGCCUGUACAUAGACUGCGCAGCGACAAUGGCAGGAACUUCGUUGGAGCAGACAGAGAGGCCAAGAGAUUUGCGGAGAUCUUCGAACCCGAGAGGAUCCAGUCGGAGCUGUCAAGCAAGGGAAUUGAGUGGAUCUUCAACUGCCAGCGAACCCAUCAGAGGGUGGAGUCUGGGAGCGAAUGGUGCAUGAGUGCGGACCAGGAAGCCCCUCUCACGCCCAACGAUCUCCUCAAGGGAGCAGCUUGCCCACCGGAUACCCCCGGCCUGGAUGGAGGCCUUGUCAAGGAAGGAGCUACGCGGAAGCAGUGGCGCGUGGCAAGGAUGUUGAGGGACCGAUUCUGGAGGAGGUGGGUCUUGGAGUACCUACCCACGCUGACACGGAGAGAGAAGUGGUGCCGCAGAGAGAAGCCGAUCCAACGAGGAGACAUCGUCUUCGUUUGCGAUCCAGCCAUUCCGCGUCGAGACUGGCGGAAAGGCGUCGUGGAGGAGACCUUUGCUGGAACGGAUGGUGAGGUCAGACGAGCCCGCGUUAGGAUCAUGGAUGGGGAUCGGACCCGCUGGAUAAUGCGCCCCGCUUCAAAGUUGGCGGCUUUGGAUUUAAGUGAAGAAGUUCUUCACGGAG